AGCCCACAUGAAAUCUUCCAUUUCGACCAAAAAAAAAAAGAUGUUCCGUUGUAUUCGUAUUCGUUUUCCAAUAGCUAUCGAAUCAAAUCGAUAGCAGCAAGAAUGGCGAGUGGUGUGAACUUGAUGCAGCGGUGCGGCGUGGCGGCGAGGUGGUUGAUGACGGCGGAGAGGGCGACGGUGCCGCAACUGUGUGGUCGCGGAGACAAGAAGACGAAGAAAGGGAAGAGGUUUAAGGGAUCGUACGGCAACGCACGGCCGAAGAAAGAGAAGAUGAUCGAGCGCAUCAAGGACAAGGUCGAAGUUCCCAGCUCCUCUGACAACCUAAGAAACAAGUCGGCAAUUAGGGGAAGCCCAAGAACCAGAAGCAGGAAACCUGAAAACAUAAUAAAUCCUCCAACCCGUGAAAUCCAGUGGUCAUGUAGUGGGUGUGUUCUUAGUCCAAUUGCGGCUUGAUAUCCGUAAUGAAUGGUCCAUAACAGCGAGGCCAUUGCAAUGAGAGCUCCAAUGACGCGCAAUGAUGUUGAACGCGCACCGGAAGUGGUGGCGUUCGAGAACAUCUUUCUCAUCUUAAUUAUGGUUAACUGCAUGUCGAUGUCGGUAAGAAUUCUACUGAGACACAAACGAACACAAAACAGACGUGUCUGAGCUCUAAAUAUUAUGCUUGGACACACUGUCAAUUAUCAAAAGGCUAAAGCAAAGCCGUAUAGCUGUGGGACACAAAGCUAUUUAGAAGGAACCCACUGAAAAUGAGGAUGGAGGUGAGUUCAAAUUAGGAGCCUAUAUAUUUUCAGCACCAAAAAAAUGACUUGAACAUCCUAUGGCGAUGGGCUGUUAAA